UUCUUGUCGGAUUCUGUUCAAUUGCCUUCGUUGGCAGCAUCGUAACGGUCGCUUUUCGCAAGUCCCGCUAGUUGGUUGCUCCUUAAUCACGAAUUACCAGCCCUAAGAUGCCUCAACCGAAGCCGUACGAAAGGCCCGCGGACUUUAUCGAUCCAGGAAAGCCCUCGAAGUGCAAAUGGCAUCUGGGAACCACCGAAAAGUCGCCUCACACUCAACGGGGCAUCGCACACCGCCAGCAGAUCACGCCAAACAUCCUCGAAGUGAUCGGAUGCACGCCACUGGUCAAGUUGAAUCACAUUCCCGCCAGCGAGGGAAUCGAGUGCGAGAUGUAUGCUAAGUGCGAGUUCCUCAAUCCCGGAGGAUCGGUGAAGGAUCGCAUUGGCUAUCGGAUGGUGCAGGAUGCUGAGGAGCAGGGCCUGCUUAAGCCAGGAUUCACAAUCAUUGAACCGACGUCGGGCAAUACGGGAAUUGGACUAGCGAUGGCCUGUGCCGUCAAGGGAUACAAGUGCAUUAUCGUGAUGCCAGAGAAGAUGUCCAACGAGAAGGUGUCGGCGCUGCGAACCCUUGGGGCCAAGAUCAUACGUACACCCACGGAGGCAGCCUAUGAUUCGCCGGAGGGAUUGAUCUACGUAGCCCAGCAACUGCAGCGGGAAACGCCCAACUCGAUUGUCCUGGAUCAGUAUCGGAACGCUGGCAAUCCACUGGCCCACUACGACGGCACCGCCGCUGAAAUCUUGUGGCAGUUGGACAACAAAGUGGAUAUGAUUGUGGUCUCCGCGGGAACUGCUGGCACAAUAAGUGGUAUUGGUCGGAAGAUCAAGGAGCAGGCUCCCAAUUGCCAAAUUGUCGGCGUGGAUCCCUAUGGUUCUAUCCUGGCCAGACCCGCUGAGCUUAACAAGACCGAUGUGCAAUUUUACGAAGUGGAGGGAAUUGGUUAUGAUUUUCCACCCACCGUAUUCGAUGAUUCCGUAGUGGAUGUGUGGACGAAGAUCGGUGAUCCAGACUGUUUCCCCAUGAGCCGUCGCUUGAACGCGGAAGAAGGUUUGCUGUGUGGCGGUUCCAGUGGCGGAGCGAUGCAUGCUGCCCUCCAGCAUGCUCGCAAACUAAAGAAGGGUCAGCGGUGCGUGGUCAUCCUGCCCGAUGGCAUCCGAAACUACAUGACCAAGUUCGUUUCGGACAACUGGAUGGAGGCACGCGGCUUCAAGGAGCCAGUGAACGAGCACGGUCACUGGUGGUGGAAUCUGGCCAUCGAUCAGCUGCAACUCCCUGCUCCUCCGGCAAUUCUUAAGUCGAAUGCCACGGUUGGCGAGGCCAUUGCCUUGAUGAAGAAACACCGCGUAGACCAAUUGCCGAUUGUAGAUCAGGAUGAUGGUUCUAUUCUGGGCGUGGUGGGCCAGGAGACACUGAUCACCCAGAUCGUGAGCAUGAACCGUCAGCAGUCCGAUCCCGCAAUCAAGGCCAUUAACAAGCGAGUCAUCCGGUUAAACGAAUCCGAGAUUCUUGGCAAGCUGGCGCGCGUCCUCGAGGUCGAUCCCAGUGUGCUUAUCUUGGGCAAGAGCUCGUCCGGCAAGGAGGAACUCAAAGCAGUGGCCAGCAAGUUGGAUGUGACUACUUUUAUUGCCGCCGGCAAGCAGAGUCCCAAAGCCAAUGGCACUACCAACGGCAACAGCCACUAAUUUAAAGAGUUUCCAAGUCUCUGAAAAUCCAACUUCCUACCGACUAUAUCUACGCGCCAUUAACUUAUACCCGCAUGCAUUUUUGCCUUAUUUCCAAUAAAGCAUUUUAUUAUACACGAA